GUUCAGGGCAAUGCUGCAGACAAAGAAAGUUCUCCGUAAAACGAUACGAGUCUCGGCGGCUGCGGCUUCUGCAGGUGCAGGUCAAGCCUGGAGCAAUUCACUUGCCCUGCGCAUGAACUCAAAAAGAAUACACCUGAUCACUCGUGCCUCAGAUUUUUAAUUUCAACCGCCUAACCCAGUGAAGUAGCCCUGCUUGCUCCGCACUGCAUGUCAAGGAUGCUGAUCCCGUCGCGCCGACGCCCGCACCAGCCCCGUCCGCGCCUUUCCUGCCCGCACGUGGGUAUUCGAGACUUUUUUCGAAAGAAUCAUAAUAAUACAAUUGUGACCGGGUGCUUACAACCUUCUCAUACGAGCUUCUCCUGCACAAUCCUCUGAGGGCUACGAGUCUCGAGAAGCACCUUGACACGACUUCUCUGCUCGAGCAUCCGCCAGCGCAUACCCGGUUCACCACCAGUUUCCCCGCCUGAGUGCGAUGGCCCAGCCUGACAAUCAUGUCCAUGGCCGCGAUCAUCCGCGUUCAGACUCGGAGACUGAUGGUGAUCAUACCUUGGCUACCGAGGCUAGAUCUGACUCUAUAAGUUCGUUUUUGGCGAAACCUUCUAUACAGUCUUUCAGAGAUGCGGCCACCAGCGAGGAGACCCUCCGUGCGACUCGGACUCCUCCCGUCGAUAUCCCUACUCCGCAAGAGCAUCAUACACCUACACGAGACACUUCCGAGUCCUCCUCAUACGUCAAUCACUUCAUGCGUAAUCGAAACCCUGCCGUCAGUUUCAAUGACGAGAUCCAGUUGGAUUCAGGCCAGCGCCAGAGUAUCACCGAUCCGCUGGAAAAGCCUUCCCGAGACCGAGGUCGUGCAAUGGUGCUAGCAAUGGCAAGGGAGAGGAAAGAGUCAAGGGCACACAGUGAAUCGGAGAGGUCGUACUACGAUCCAAAGACCGGCCGCCGCUUCCCGCAGUAUUCCCACAGCCCGCCCAGAGAACAAGCACGCGUGGGUGAAGCCCGUUUCCCCUUGCUACAAACCACGGUGGACGCAAUGGCGAGGGAGCACGAAACACAUCCACCUCAGACAGAGUCUAUGACCUCUGAUUCCACAACGUAUUCCAACGAGCAAGCCAUCCUCUCGCCUCGAUCCGACGACAAUUACCUACAAUCUCCUGUAGCAUCACCUCUAACUCCUCCAUUCUCAAGUCAAGCCCUUUCCUACGACGAACCAAAGUCCUUCCGACGCACAGCAUCACAAAGAUGGAGAGAUGGCGAAUCCAGUGCAUCGCCUCAAGAUUUCUUCUCGCGCGCAGGAAGUCUGCGCAAUCGAAGCAUGAAGGACAUUGCGAGCCGGGCCUCACGUCGCGAUACCUCCGGAUCUGCAGCAUCAUCAUAUCUCCGCGCAUUCUCCAUGAGUAGUAGCACAAACAACGGUGACGCCGAGGCUGGACCCCUUGCAUGUGACGCCGAAGGUCAAACCAUUGGGGAUGAUUAUGUGCUAGGCAAACAAAUUGGCUACGGCGGGUUCAGCACCAUCCGAGAGGUAACACAACUCCAGGAAGGCAAGCAAAGAAAGCUGGCUGUCAAGAUUGUGCGCCGACAGAUCGAGAAGAAGUCUGAACAGGAAAAUGAACAAGCACAGGCAGAGUUCGAGCACGAAGUCGAGCUCUGGCGUUUCUUGAAUCACCGCAACGUUCUCCCCUUGGAAGCCGUAUACAAACUCGACGAAGCCACAUUCUGCUUCAUCCCUCUAAACACCGGCGGGACGCUUUUUGACCUAGUCCGCACCAAUCGCAAGGGCGUUCCGCUCGACCUAGCAAAGAGCUACGCAUAUCAACUUGGAUCAGCUCUCCGCUAUCUGCACCUUGAUGCUCGCGUUGUGCACCGAGACAUCAAACUCGAAAACUGUUUGAUUGACCAGGGCAGCGACGGACAACCUAGCCUCCUCCGUCUUUGCGACUUUGGCAUGGCAGAAUGGUUGUCCUCAGACAGCCUUUCUGGUCCUCCGAGCCCUGACUUCAAUGAUUCUGACCGCCCUCCACGCAAACCGUACGGUCCCGCCGACACUUCCACCUCGGCUUUUGCCGGCGGCAGUCUCGAGUACGCCGCCCCCGAGAUUCUGAGGAUCGCCGAGCGUGACAAGGACAACGUCACCCCAGAGCGGUCGAUCGUGUCUCCGGCUGUUGAUAUCUGGGCCUACGGUGUCUGCGUGUACAGCAUGAUCGUCGGUUCCCGGCCCUUCCAGAACUCGUUCCAGCCGCGUGUUGUCAUGGCGAUUUUGGCGGGCGAUUGGGACCGCGAGGUCCUGACCGAAAAAGGUGGUGACGAUGUCCUCGAGCUCGUCCAAGGAUGUUUGGACAUGGACGAUUCAGAGCGCUGGGACGUCACUCGAGUCAUGGAAACCCCAUGGUUGGAGGAUCUCGCUGCGGCUGAAGAUAACCACGAUCAAGGUAUACAUGGCUGGCGAUUGUGAUAUCUUGAGGCCACAGGCCGUGGCCAAUUUUCUUUAAUUCUCCACAGGCAUACAGCGACGAUACCAUCGAAUGCUUUUUGCUGUUUCUUUCAACGACAUCACGACUCUCUGUUCUUCACUCUUGUUACGCAUGCAAGGCGCUCUGUGGGAAUUUGGUACUGGUUGAGGUGGGAUGGAAUGCUAGGCUGUAUCAACAUACCCAAUAUGUUACCACUCGUUGGCUGGCGGUCUCCAGGACAUUGGCGAUCAUAGUCAUAUCUACUACUCAGCGGCCAAAGAGGCUGUAAUGAUAAUCGAAUGUGAUACCAGGAUGCUGGCGCAUCCUAAAGUUUUCUCCAA